AUGUCGAAUCUAUUUUCUGGGCUGAAUGCUCGCAUCAGGGCAACCCCUCGAGCUGAACAAGCAAACCCCAUUAUCCCCGGCGAUGAACCCAUUCUCGGGGGGCUAACGCCGUCCAACUCAGCGCCGAGAGUGUCGCUACCGCACUCCCCAUCGCUGAGUGAAUCUAUCGGUGUCUCGCCGCCGACGAUCGAUUGGCCUCGGCCAUUACCACUAUGGCUGAAUGCUGCGUACUCGAAGCAUAUCGUGAAGGGAAACUUCAUGACGCUUAGCGCUCGGCCAAAAACGGUUGAACAGGGCGAGUGGAUAGCACACCAGGUGGUCGAACAUUAUCGCAACUUGUGGAACUUUGUUCGUGUAGUCCACGAGAAGGAAGACAACGGCAAAACCAUUUGCAACAUGUCGACAUGUCCCAAGAUGUCAGCUGGAGCAAACCGGUCCUAUACUUGGCUCAACAAGAACCACGAGCCCGUGGACCUCCCUGCCCACGAGUACAUGACGCUCAUGCAGCGCUGGAUUUCAGGCAAAAUCGACGACAACAGCAUGUUUCCCAGUGACCCCGAUGGAGUAUCCUUUGCUCUACAUCAAGACUACUCCACACCAGCAGCGGCACAUCUCUUCCCUUCUGAUCCCAGCGAGGAGUGGCCCGGGAGCCGCAGCGGGUUUCCGAAACACUUUGCAGCCACGGCACAGCUCAUAUUUCGCCAGAUCUUCCGCGUAUAUGCUCAUCUAUACUGGAACCACUUCAUUGAUCCAUUCUAUCACUUAAAUUUGGAGAAACAAUUGAACAGCUGCUUCAGUCACUUCGUCCUCACCGCAACAACCCUCGAUAUGCUACGACCUGAAGAGCUGGAGCCGAUGCAGUACCUCAUUGAUCUUUGGGCUGCCGACGGGACAUUCCCACAAGCGUCCAGGCCAUAUUCGCAUGCAAACGUGGAGAGGGGAAAAUAUAUUCUGGCAUUGGGGGCCGGCGCUUGA